AGCACGUCCGCAGCCUAGCAGCAGAAAAGACGGCGUAAACAAAGCAGACCGCUAGGAAUCGGCUAACGCUAAGUAGCGAAUAUUUCAGUAGUAAAAUACUCAGUAUUUAUGCGCUUGGUUACAAACGACCACAUUUUAUUGGCGAGUAGGGCUCAGAUGUAAGUGGUAAACGACUCACGUAUUUGCUUACACUACAAACUAAACGAUACUACAAAUACCGUUAUUGCUAACUACAUUAGCUUUAGCUAGCCUCGUUUAACGGGAUGUUCAGCUUCUGGAAAAUAAUGUUUUCCAGGCUAAUAUUUAUUGAAAACACAUGGUAACGACUAAAUUAUUCACCGACGUAAGUUGGGUGAGGCAUUUAAAAGCUGCUAAACGUUUACACUUUGAUGGGUUAGUUCGCCAUGUAGCUAGUUUAGGUUAAGAGUCGAUGAGCUGGCUGAACAGGGCUGGAUAGUGGAGUGUCGCUGCCCACCUGGACCACCACUCAGUCAUUCGGACCCGGACUGCGAUGUUUAGCCUGAUGGCGAAUUGUUGCAACUGGCUAAAACGCUGGCAGGAGCCUGCAAGGAAGGUGACUCUGGUGAUGGUGGGAUUGGAUAAUGCAGGGAAGACUGCCACGGUGCGGGGAAUUCAGGGAGACAAUCCGCGGGACGUUGCUCCCACAGUGGGCUUUUCCAAAGUCGACCUGAAGCAGGGCAAGUUCGAAGUGACCAUCUUUGACCUGGGGGGCGGGAAAAGAAUCCGGGGAAUCUGGAAAAAUUACUACUCGGAAUCACACGGUGUGGUGUUUGUGGUCGAUUCCAGCGAUGUCCAGCGGAUCCAGGAGACGCGGGAGACCAUGGCUGAGGUCCUUCAGCACCCACGCAUCGCUGGCAAGCCUGUGCUAGUACUUGCAAACAAACAAGACCAGGAGGGAGCACUGGCUGAAGCUGACAUCAUUGAGAACCUGUCCUUAGAGAAGCUUGUUAAUGAGAACAAGUGUCUCUGUCAGAUUGAACCAUGCUCAGCCGUUUUAGGCUAUGGGAAAAAGGUUGACAAGUCCAUCAAGAAGGGCCUGAACUGGCUGCUCAGCAACAUUGCCAAAGACUAUGAAGCCAUCACCGAGCGAGUGCAGAAGGACACGGCUGAGCAGCGCGCUCUGGAGGAGCAAGACAAGAAAGAGAGGGCAGAGAGAGUACGGCGGAUACGAGAGGAGAGAGAGCGACAGGAGCGGGAGGAGGCAGAGCGAGAGGGAAGGCCCAUCCAAGAAGAUGAGCCCGAUGAUGAGUACAUUCAGAGCCCCUUCCAGCCAAUAGAGAGCAUGAUUUCUGAAAACGAGGAUAAAGAAAAGGAAAGGAAGAGGCAAAGAGAGCUGCAGGAGGGAAGGUGUAACAGCCCCAGGGCAGCCACUGAUCAAGAGGAAGAGGAGGAGGAGGAGGAGGAGGAGCAGGGCGACAUGAGACAAACACCAGAGAACAACACUCCAGCCACGACAGGUGAGCAGAGCAAGAAGAAGACGAGCAAGCUGCACCUGAAGAGGAAGCACAGGGUGGACCCGCUGAGGAUAGAGGACGGACCAACGGAGAGCCUCACCCCUCCUCCGCCUCCAGGCAAAGACAUAGGACAAGACCUAAACGAGGGCAAUGGGAGCCCCGUCAAUAACAAACCAAAGCGGAAGAAGGCCUUGAUUCGACCAAGACUGACAACAGGACCUGCUGGUUACUCCCAAAUGAAAUCAUUAUUAAUAAACAAAACUGCAGACAUCAGCAGCAUGCAUAUAAAGCCUGUUGCUUUAUAUUUAAGAGUGGGAUGGGCCACGCCCAAAGUCUCUAGGCUGCCGAAACUAGAGCCACUCGGGGACACGGGACAUUCUGGUAAAGCUGUUUGUGCCGUCAGUGUUAACCGCUGUUUACGUGCAUGCAUUAACCACCCACCAUCGGCAGUUUGUCACUAACUUGGUCUUACUCAUUCAUUAACUGCAGCACCUGAUCAGUGUUUCCUCUACACAGUAGUGAUUAAAGCUACAUGGAAAUAGUAGUCUUGCAUGUGUUUUCCUUUUUCUUUUUUUUCUUUUAAAGGAGGAAGCCUGGUGUUUGUCUCACAGUGUUGGCGGUAGAUUUCUAAGUUGCAGUGGAAACCCUGAACUCUGCCUUGAGACGUGCGCUGACUGUUAAUUAGCAUCUCAACCCCACGUUGCUGUCUUUAUUUUUCUCUCCCUCCUGCAUCUCUCCAGGCAUGUGUUUGCAUGUGUGUGUGUGGAUCUUUCACGGGUGCAGACAUCUAAAAUCAACUCAAAGACUUGUCUGUGUAUUCAUCUGUAUUCAUUUUCCUCCAGUCUGUGCAGCAUCUUUCACGGUUGCUUCCAUUGAGUGCUUACUUUUUUAAAAAUAAAUUUGUAUUUCAGGUCUCCGUGGACGUUGCGUACUAACACAACCAAACCUUUUCUCCUUCCCUCCACAGAGUUUUACAAGAAACCUCUCCCGCCGGUCGCCAACAGGCCGAGGCCUAACGGCGAUGCUCACGACAUCAUUUCUUAAACCCUCUUUUAGCGAUUGAGGUUGAUCAAUCACAACUGUAUUCUCCUUUCCUUUUUGUCUCAAGAGAGCGGUCUGUAGACAACCAAGCAAAUAAAAGCUUGACUGCUGUGGAUGCCGGAGCCGGGGACUUCUGAAAGGGCGAUGGACACUAAACAGAGUGGCGACAGGAAGUCCUGCUCAGAAGCUGUAAUUUGACCUCACAAAUUCAUUGUGAAACCCACCUGAACUGUGCAUCAGACUCUGUCUUCACAAGCAAAAGCACAACUUGGUGUUGAACUCUCUCCAGCUCGUAGACUUUAUAUCCUUCUAUUAAUAUCAGUGUUAGUUCGGACUUCUGUGUCAAACUCUGAUGCUUUUAAUCGACAGCAAUGUAAAUAUACCCUUUAAAUAUGUCUGAAUAAUUUAUUUGUAUACAUGCCACAUCAUUUAUUUUUGCACUUCUGGGUUUUUAGUGUAAAACACCAUGUGGCUCAGGCACCUGAGUAAUGAUUUAAAAAGGAAAAAAGAAAAAAAGGUAUCGGUCUUAAGUGGCUUAUUACAGCUGAGUGCUUUAAAUUUGACCUUUUGUGAAGUCGGAAACAUUUCCCCCCUUUUUUUUUUUUUUACAGCACUGAUGUGUAAAGAGGGCGAGUCACAGCUGGCAAGUGGAUUUUGUGGAAGUCACUUUUUUUUAAGAAUUUUGUGUUGACUUUUGAUGUAAAACAUAAAGAAAAGGAAAACACUAAUUUAAAAACUCUUUAAUUGUAUACGUUUAUAAAGAAACUUUUUAUCUACUGUUUUAAAACACGAACAUUUACAUGUCUACAGAGCUUUUAACACAUUCUG